CUUGGAACAAUAAUCCACAACCCUCAACACACCGCCAAGUUUCCUUAUUCAUCCAAACAACCGACUUACAAAUAUCUUCUUCUAUAACCACCCAAAAACCCCCAAUUUCUCUCCUCCACUCUUCUUUCCACUAUUUUUCAAUCAACAAAAUCUUGCACAAACCCUAAUUCCUAAAAAUGUUGCGUCAAACUUGCAAGAAGAUCCUCGAGCACGCCCAAUCGCAGCCCCAGUUGCGCGCAUCAUCGUUGGGAAUCGCGCGCCAUUACCAUGAAAGGGUGGUCGAUCACUACAACAACCCUAGAAAUGUUGGGUCUUUCGAUAAUAGCGACCCAGAUGUGGGAACUGGUCUUGUUGGUGCUCCUGCUUGUGGGGACGUUAUGAAGCUUCAAAUUAGGGUUGAUGAUAAAACUGGGAAGAUUGUUGAUGCUCGUUUUAAGACCUUUGGUUGUGGUUCUGCUAUUGCUUCUUCUUCUGUUGCUACUGAGUGGGUCAAAGGGCAACAGAUGGAGGAUGUGGUGUCAAUAAAAAACACGGAAAUUGCAAAACAUUUGUCUCUCCCACCAGUGAAAUUGCAUUGCAGUAUGCUUGCUGAAGACGCAAUCAAAGCAGCAGUUAAAGACUACACAGCAAAGCGUGCAAAGUUGAAUGGUAGCAGCACAGAGGCUGCAUCUAGCGAGAAGGCUGCUGAGGCUUGAACUGGGCAUACAUCUCAGAGUUACUGCUAGAGUGCUAGUAUAAUAUGAUUACCACCUUGUACUAAUAAAUGGUUGUACCAGCAUUAGUUGGGUAUACUGGGCAUAGUUGUCUUUAAGACUUGAACUAUUUACCUUACGCCUAUGUAAAUUAACAUUGCUGUCACUGAUUGUCUUGUUCAAAGUUUUUUUUUUUGUUUUUUUGUUCCCUUUUUGAUGAUAAUGAAGAAAAAAACAUUUGGAACUGAAGAUUUGUAUCAUUGUGAGAGUUGUUCGUGUGAUGUUUGAUUAACCUGCAAGGGCUGCUACAUGAAAUUACUUUGCAAGUGGAUCUUGUAUUGUGCUUGGCAAAUUCUUUAUCUGUCUACUUCGGGCGUAGUGGCACUCCAAAAUUCAGGAUUUGCUGUUAACCUGGUAUGGUUAGCCUCUUGGUGAUCAUUCCGUACAAGCUAUGAAAAUUGCUAUUGCUGGAAUUCAAUUAAAUAUCCCACUUCGUGUAUACAUAUUAUUGUUGGUGCACAAGAUAUAUGUAAUUAAUCCUUUGUCAAAAAAAAAAAAAAAAAAAAGUCAUUAAGCAUAAUUCCUAUGUUACACUGUAAAUGAGAUUUCAGAUUUUCCAAGUUCCAACACAAAACUAGUUUUUGUG